CAUGAACAAAAUCCCUUAUAAUCCACCCACUUACAUGAAAGGAGACGAAAACUUAGAUAAAAAGGAAAAACGGUUUAUUAAAGUGUCUAGCCGAUCUCAGACUUUAUUCUCCAAAUCUUCGGAUUAUAAGACCAAUAAUGAAGUUGACGAAAAGCGAGCAAGAAGUGCUGGAAAUGGGAGACGAAUCAGAAAUUUCGAAAGACAAGGAGAUAAUCAAAAAUCCUGUACACCUUUGACUAAAGAUUUAUGCUCAAGUAGAGAGGCAAUAAACCAACAUAUAUUAUUUAAAAAACGUCAAAAUACCAUCGGAAACUGCAUAGAACGAUUUAUAAAGCAUGAAGGAAAAUGUCAACGGAGAUACUCUGAUAGUGCAAUUAUAAUUAAAAAGAAAAUUGAUGUAAAAAAGCGUCUAAAUACAGCAUGUAUUUCAACUAUAAGAAGAUCUGUUCGACUUAUUUUCUCUGCAUGUCAUAUGAACUUUUUUGAAAGCGAAAAACUAAUAGAAAAUGAAUUUUUCUUCGUUUAUUUGCCAUUAAUUAUUGAAAUUUUCGAUAUUGAUGAAUUUUCAGAUGAUACGCAACCAGUUGUCGUAUGA